UCGCUAACUUGUGAACUAACCAGCAAUAUGAAGUAUACCCUAGUAGUACUAGCCCUAUUGGCACCCCUGACUGCAGCAGCUAGUCUGGGUGAACAAAAGCCGGAGCCCAACGCCUUCGUCAAAUCCUUAAGGGAAUUGCAUCGAGGACCUCCAGUUGAACCACAGAAGACCAGGGCCAAAGUGGAGGAGCGUUGGAUCACCCAAAAGCUGGACAACUUCGAUGAUAGCAACAAUGCCACCUGGCAGGAUCUCAUCUAUAUAAACAAUAAGUAUUUUAAAGAUGGCUCUCCCAUCUUUAUAUACUUGGGCGGCGAGUGGGCGAUCGAUCCCAGUGGCAUCACCUCAGGACUCUGGAAAGACAUUGCCAAGAAACACAAUGGUUCCCUCCUUUACACUGAGCAUCGUUUCUUUGGCAAGAGUAUCCCAAUAACUCCUCUGUCCACUGAGAACCUGGAAAAGUACCAAAGCGUAGAGCAAGCUUUGGCUGAUGUUAUCAACGUUAUUAAAACUCUGAAGGAAGAGGACAAGUACAAGGACUCAAAGGUGGUGGUCUCUGGCUGCUCCUACUCGGCCACCAUGGCCACCUGGAUCAGGAAGCUUUAUCCCGAAAUCAUCAGGGGUAGCUGGGCCUCAUCUGCCCCGAUCCUUGCCAAGGUGGACUUUAAGGACUACAUGAAGGUUGUUGGCGAGUCGUAUGCAACCCUAGGUGGAGAUUAUUGUUACGAUUUGAUUGACAACGCCACUGCUUACUAUGAGAAUCUUUUCGACAUUGGAAAUGGCUCACAGGCCGCGAAGGAACUGAAUCUGUGCUCAAACUUUAAUCCUAACAGCGAGAAGGACCGCUGGCAGAUCUUCAGCACCAUUGCUAACAUUUUCGCCGGCAUUGCUCAGUACCAAAAGCCGGAGAACUAUGACAUUCCAAAAUAUUGCUCUAUUUUGCGAGAGUUCAGUGACGAUGAUUCUGUUGCUUUGUCGAAGUUCAUCAACUGGAAAAUUAAUGAGCACUCUGGCGCUUGUCUGAGCACUACCUUCAAUGGAGCUGUAGACUACUACGAAUGGUCCAAGGAGAACUACGAAGACAGCGACUUGCCCUGGAUUUUCCAGACCUGCAACGAGUUCGGAUGGUUCCAAUCUUCGGGCAGCAGAAGCCAACCAUUUGGAUCCACUUUCCCGGCUGCUCUUUAUGAGGACACCUGCGAGGGAGUAUUUGGCUCGGAGUACGACUCGGCUGGUAUCCACACUAAAAUCCGGGCAACCAACAAGGAGUUCGGUGGCCUAGACGUCAACGCCACCAAUAUUUACUUCGUGCAGGGUGCCUUGGAUGGUUGGAGCAAGGUGGGUGCUGGAAUCGCUCAGGGCGCCACCAUUAUUCCAUUGGCCUCCCACUGCCCCGAUACUGGAUCGAUCAGUGCCACCGAUAGUGCCGAACUGGUGGCCUCCAAGCAGAAGCUGAUCAAACUCGUGGCCAAAUGGCUGGAGGACUAAUAUCUCAAUCUAUGAAUUUAUCUUAAAUUUUGUAUUUUAUGUAUAAUUAUUUAAUCACUAUUUUUUGGUUCUAAUAAACCGAAUAUUUAACAUAUAAA